GGUAAAAAAAAGGUCAAGAACCACGGAACUAUAAUGACGAGCCAGUAUUUUGAACGGCUCUUUGAAAGGAAAUGCUCCUCAAGAUUCGGCAUGGCAGUGCCCUUUGUGGAGGACUGGGACCUCGUUCAGACACUUGGUGAAGGAGCUUAUGGAGAAGUGAGGCUGCUGGUGAACAGACAGACGGAGGAGGCGGUUGCAGUCAAAGUGAUUGACACCUCUCAAGCCAAAGAAUGUGCAGAGAAUGUCAAGAAGGAAGUCUGUGUACACAAGAUCCUGAACCACGAAAACAUAGUGCGUUUUUUCGGCCAUCGUAAGGAAGGACCUACUAUGUAUCUUUUUUUGGAGUACUGCACAGGAGGAGAGCUGUUCGAUCGAAUUGAGCCUGACUUGGGGAUGGCGGAGAAAGAUGCUCAUAAAUUUUUCCAGCAGCUUAUAGCCGCAGUGGAGUACCUCCACAAUAUGGGCAUCACUCACAGAGACAUAAAGCCAGAGAACAUUUUGCUGGACAGCAAAGACAACCUCAAGCUGACGGAUUUUGGCCUCGCGACCAUGUUUCGCUUCAAAGGACGAGAGCGACCCAUGUACCGACUCUGCGGGACUCUUCCUUAUGUUGCCCCUGAGCUGUUGAAGCAGACUGAGUACAAAGCUCAGCCGGCAGAUAUCUGGGCUUGUGGGAUUGUGCUGACUGCAAUGCUGGCUGGAGAGUUGCCAUGGGACCAGCCCUCUGAAAUCUGUCAGGAAUAUUCAGAUUGGCUUCAGAGGAAAACCUACCUGGCUCCUUGGAAGAAAAUACAACCCAUGCCUCUUUGUUUGUUGUCCAAGUUAUUGCUGGCCAAACCUGAUGCACGAAUCACCAUUUCAGACAUUCAGAAAGACCGCUGGUUUGCUCAAGGUGUGAAGCAACCAUCAGGUUCCCUAAACUGCGGUUCUAAAAAACACCUUCGAGCUGAUGGUGCAGUGAUAUCCCGAGCCAACAGUGAUGACAAGAUGGAGUUCUCCAGCUCCCAACCGGACCUGGCAGGACGAGGCUGGGAAGCCAUGCUGCUCAUCAGCCAGAUGGACGGUCAGGUCAGCUUCUCCCAGCCGACCAAACCUGAGCACAUGCUACUGGGGAGUCAGCUGCUAGGAACGCCGGGAGCCAGUCAGACGCCGUUGCAGAGAUUGGUGCGCAGAAUGACACGCUUCUUCACCACCGUGAGCGCUGACGCCUCGCUGGCUUCCCUUAAAGAUGCCUGUGACGCUCUAGCAUUCGGCUACAUACUCACUUGCACCAAACAGGUGACUGUGAACACACUGGACAAGCGCAAUAACAAACUCAUAUUCAAAGUCCACUUGCUGGAAAUGGACCAAAGAGUGCUGUUAGACUUCAGACUGUCCAAGGGCGACGGUCUGGAGUUCAAGCGGCUCUUUUUGAAGAUAAGGCAGAAGCUGUGUGACAUCGUCAGCACGCAGAAGAUUUCACUUCCUGUCAUAUGACCUCACUGGUGAAUAUUAACAAAUGUGAACUGAUGCUGCAAGUUUGAAGAAGCUGUAUAUAUUUAUCUGUUCUAAUAAUGUUUAAAUUGUUGUCUUGUUUGUACUGUUUUAGCAUUCCAUUGUUACACACAUUCUCUAUGGCAGGGGUGUCAUAACUUUUUGUAUGAUGUCUUUUUGAUAUACUUCCCAUUUAAUUGAUUUAACACGCUAAUAGCGAUCCAAUAUGGGUCAAGAUAUGCUAAGCACUUAAAUAGAUUACUACUAAUUGGUGACAUUGGGGACCUCUUGAAAUUGUUUAUUUAUUCUCAUUCUUUAUGACAAAUUAUUGCAGGAAUUAAAUUGCUUUUUUACUUAAAACUACACUGGUAAAAAACAGCCCUGUAACACCCCUGGCAGUGUCAGAAAUACCUGCCACAGUACUGGUGUACCUCAUUCGGGGGACUUCUGCUCUGUAAGGAGACUGACAAAUUCUUAUGUUACUCACCACACU